CAGUGCUGCAGAUACUCUAAGCCCUCCAGAGCUAGAAUAUAGACAGUAAUCGCAUACAUGUCUGCUUUCAGGAGCUGGUUUCUUGUGCUGAUCAUCCUGUUCCAUUUGUCUCAAAGAAGUACAUCCUGUGGUAUUUCAACCCACAUAGAAAUAGCACACAGAGCACUGGAAUUUUUCAGCCAACAAGAUGGCGCUAUUAACUAUAAAAAGCUGUUAUUAGAACAUCAGGAUGCUUAUCAGGCUGGGAGUGUGUUUCCUGAUGCUUUUUAUCCUGACAUCUGCAAAGGAGGAAUUUUUCAUGAUGUAUCUGAAGAUACUCACUGGACUCCAUUUCUCAAUGCAAGCAUCCAUUACAUCCGACAAAAUUAUCCUCUUCCUUGGGAGAAGGAUACUGAGAAAUUGGUGGCUUUCCUGUUUGGCAUUAUGUCACACAUGGUGGCAGAUGUGAGCUGGCAUAGCCUGGGCAUUGAACAAGGAUUCUUGCAGACAAUGGGAGAAAUUGAUUUUCAUGGCUCUUACCAAGAUGCUCAUUCUGUUGGUGAUUUUGGAGGAGAUGUGUUGAGCCAUUUUGAACUUAAUUUAAAUUACCUCGGGCGGAAAUGGUAUAUACCUGUCAAAGACCUAAUGGGAAUCUACAAGCAGCUCUAUGGCAAGGAAGUCAUAACGAAAAAAGCAAUAAUUGACUGUUCAUAUCUUCAGUUCUUAGAAUUGUAUGGUGAGAUAUUGGUUCUUUCCAAGCUUUACCCAAAUUUUGCAAAAAAGUCCCCAUUUUUGGUGGAACAAUUACAAGAUUAUUUCCUUGGUGGACUAGAUGACAUGGCAUUCUGGUCCACUAAUAUGUUUCAUCUAACAAGCUACAUGUUACAGAAUGGGACCAGUGACUGUUCCCUACCUGAGAAUCCUCUGUUCAUGGCAUGUGGUCCCAAACAUAAUGGCAGCCUUGGAAUAAAACUGCAGAAAAAUAAAUGUCAUGCAAAUGUAAAUGUAUCCUUAGCUGAAAAUAGUAAAGGAAAUAUAAAUUACACAGAAAGAGGAGUCUUCUACAGUGUGGAUUCGUGGGCCCAAGAUUCGGUCUCCUUUUUGUAUUUGACUUUCACCAAGAAGUUAAGGAAAAUGUUUGCAAGUGAACAGCCUCACCAGCAUAAUUAUGUGUCCAGUCCCAUAGCAUCUUACUUUCUGUCACUUCCCUAUGUGAAGCUUGGAUGGUCAAUGACUUCAGCAGACCUCAACCAGGAUGGCCAUGAGGAUCUGGUGGUAGGAGCACCAGGUUAUAGCAGAUCAGGCCAUAUUCAGGUGGGACGAGUAUAUCUCAUCUACAGCAAUGCUAUAGGUUUGCCUCCCGUAGACUUGGAUUUGGACAAAGAAGCACAUGUAAUUCUAGAGGGCUUUCAGCCCUCAGGUCGUUUUGGGUCUUCCGUGGCAGUAUUGGAUUUCAACAAGGAUGGGCUGCCUGACCUAGCAGUGGGAGCCCCCUCGGUGGGAGCUGAGAAACUCACUUACAAUGGAGCAGUGUAUGUCUUUUUUGGUACCAGAAAAGGAAAAAUAUCUUCUAAACCAAAUGUCACCAUUUUGUGCAAGGACACAUAUUGUAACCUUGGCUGGACGCUUUUGGCAGCAGAUAUUAAUGGAGAUGGUGCUCCUGACCUGGUGGUUGGGUCACCCUAUGCACCCAGUGGAGGGAAGCAAAGGGGGAUUGUGGCUGCAUUCUAUUCGGAUUCCAAACAAAAUGUCAAAGAUCAACUGAAUGUUGAGGAAGCUAAUUGGAUGAUAAAGGGGAAAGAUGACUAUGGCUGGUUUGGAUAUUCAAUUCAUAGUCUCAGCUUAAAGAACAGAACCUUGUUAUUAGUUGGGAGUCCAACCUGGAAGAAUGUGAGUGGGUUAGACAGCGUGUUCUACAUCCGUGAUGAGAAACAAAGCAUUGGAAAGGUCUAUGGCUAUUACCCACCGAGUAGACAAAGUUGGUUUACAAUUUCUGGAGAUGAGGCAAUGGGAAAACUGGGCACCUCACUCUCAAGUGGCGUUGUGAAAGUCAAUGGAACCCUAAGACAAGUGCUGCUGGUUGGUGCCCCAACUCGUGACGACGUGUCCAAAAUGGCAUUCUUAUCCAUGACCCUGCACCAGGGAGGCAGCACAAGGGUAUAUGACUUGACAAAUGAGACAGGGCCCUCUCUGCUUAGCACCUUCAGUGGGGACAGGCAUUUCUCUCGCUUUGGAGGACUGGUGCACUUAAGUGACCUGGACAGUGAUGGAUUAGAUGAGAUCAUCAUAUCAGCCCCUCUGAGAACAGGGGACUUAACAGCUGGGCUUCUCGGUGGGGAGGAUGGCCGAGUUUACAUCUACAAUGGCAAGGAAGCUCCCCUUGGAGAUGUCACAAGUAAAUGCAAAUCCUGGAUCUCUCCUUGUCCUGAAGAAAAGGCCCAGCAUGUACUGAUUUCUCUAGAAGAAAAUUCAAGAUUCGGGAGCUCUCUGGUCACAGUGAAGUCAAAGACAAAGAAUCAAGUUGUUGUUGCUGCUGGGAGGAGCUCUAUGGGAGCCAGACUGGCUGGGACGCUUCACAUCUACAAUCUGGGAGUUGACUAGAGACCUCACUGUUUCCCUGCCCACCUCCUUCCUUUCUCAUGGAGAGGCCUCUGAAAUACGGAGAAAAUGACACUUCAAGUGGAGCCAUUUUGAGUAUCAUUUAGGUGGGGCUCCUGGGGAGGUAGAGAGAAGACAGGAAGUUAUCAGGAAAAUGGGAACCGUGAAACCUUCAAUUACAUGACUCGACCAUACUUCGAAGCAUCAGAAACUCCUCUUGCACACAUCCCCCUUUCCAAAUCUGAUUCCUUGUUUCCCCUCACAUCUGAUGUCUUCCUUUUCUUUUGAAUUUGUUGUUGAGGACUCUGGUUCAAAUCUGAGGUCUACCAUUAUCCUUACGUGACCGUGAGAAAAUUACUCUUCCUAGGCUUAUUUCCUCAUCUAUAAAAUGAGGGAGUUGGGCUAGGUGGCUACUAAGGUCUCUUCCAGAUCUAAAUCUAAUAGCUGAUGACAUCUUGCCAAACCUGUUUCCUCCUCCUACUUAUCAGUUUAGACAUUCCCUGUUUAUGAGAUGGUCUUCUUGUCCUUACCUAUUUGGCCAGCCUUGAAAAUCUGUUUCUUCUCUUAUGGAAGUUCAACUGAUAACUAAGGAGAGGGCAUAAAGAAAAAUUGGGAGAGUGGUAGAGAAAGGAAUUACAGGAUCUGAUAACCUCAAAAUCCCAAGACUUAAGUAAUGUGUGGCUAAUGAUAUUAGCAUGUAGAAGUUCAGUGAAUAAGCAACAAGAAAAAAAUCACUGGUUCAACUGUCAGAAAAAUUGAGCUCAGAUUCCCCCAUUUACUGACAUUUCUAAAUUCUUUUAGUAUGAAUUAUUUUAGUGUUUCAAUAGGUUUGUGAUCUCAUUAAUAUGGAUAUUCACUCCAACAAAGUAAGUGAUUAUCUAUUCAUGCCCUCCCAUCCAGGGCAACUCAUGAAUUCAAAAGAAUUCUUUUCAUUAAGAAUUGUUUUCCCCAAGGACACAUACAAGUGAAAAGCAAAUAUCAAAAACUGAAGAUAAUGAGGUUUCUCUGCAGAGAAUGCUGCAGAGCCAAGGAUGAGAUUAGACUAAGACCUCAAACUAUCAUCCUUUCAUUUCUCUCUUAGAAGCAUCUUAAAGUGGAUUGUUUAGACAAGAGUUGCCCCAGUAAUAAUGGAGAGACUGGGUGGGUGGUCAGCACCAUGAGCAGCCAGGCAGAGUAUAUGGAAAUAGCCUACAGUGAAGCUUGAAUCCAUAUGGGAUCAGGAUAGGACUGGAUGUUCCAGGUUCUCUUAAAGCAAACUGUAUUAUCUACCACAGACUGCAUUUAACUGCAAGUACUGAGAAAUCUUAAUACUCACUUUAAAAGUCAUGUAUGACAAUAACAAUAAAAGUAAACAUUGUCCAACACAGACUACUUAAAUGAUCAGCCCGAGGCAACUGGGAUGGGGGGAGGACAGAGAAAAUAACUUGGAAAAGGUGAUAUGCAUGAUGAUAGUACCAGUUGUUCUCUAUACUACCCAUGGAGGAGCUGUGCCCCUGGUGAGAUCAUCACAGAGGUAUUUUAGGUUCUCUAAACACUUCAAGCACAAGUCAUUAUAAAUAUGAGCAAUAUUUCCUACAUUUUCUAAUACCAAAAUUUAGGAUAAGAAGAGGUCUCAAGUAUAAUACAAUUUAAGAAUGAGGGUAGUAAAAGUGAAGAGACAAGUAAAAGGCAAAAAGGAAUUUGAUAACUCUAUAGCUACACCUAUGAAGAAUUUAAAGUGGUUUCUGACCUAGGUUGGGAGUCCUAGGGGAAAGGGGGGGUAAACUCUUUCCUGGAAGAGUAGUUGCCAACAAGAAACUCCAUGUUACCUACUCAGUAUAAAAACAAUAGAAACAAAAACUAAUACACAAAAGUCUACAGAUAUAAUUAUAACCCCUGGCACUUCACGAGAAUUCUUAAACAUUCCUUAAACUGCAUUACAAAUAAAAUAUUGCUGAAUAGACAAACUA